AUGCUCUCCUCCGCUACCCACCGCGUUUGCACAGGUCUUGGUGACUCCAAGAGAAGCUUUCGCCCUCCGUCAGCGGUGCCAUUCCAAGGUUGUGGGCAAGGGAAUGGUGCAGGACCCCCCAUUUGGAUCUUGGUGAGCUCAGUGUUAAUCACAAUGAUGGAAGCAAUGGGCUAUGGAUUUGAGUGUCUUUCGGCGUUAGAGUCACAGCUAGUGACAGCCCAAUGUUUCUGUUUUGUUGACGAUACGGACGUGAUUGAAGCAGGUGACACAGUCCUUCACUCUGGGGAGGAUAUUUGCGCCUCAGAUGCUCGCAAUGGUCGGUGGAGAUUCCGUAGGAAAUGCUCCGCGGCACCGGAAUUUGACCUUAAGAUACCGGGGUUAUACGGUGACAUUGAACCCCUUCGUCGCCUUGAACCAGAUGAUUCCGAACAUACUCUGGGGGUGAUGGUGUCGCCACUGGAAAAUCACAACGCACAGGAGGCACAGUUGGUCUCUAAAGCUAAAGAGUGGGCCAAACAGCUUUGGCCUCACCUGCUACACAAGUACGACAUGUUACCACUGAUCCGGACCACGAUCAUGAAGAAGCUUGAAUAUCCUAUGGCACUCACUACCCUCAACGCUCAACAAUGGCAGGACAUUAUGUCACCGGUUCUCCAGGUGUGCUUACCUAAGUCAGGUGUUUGCCGCAACUUUCCCCGUUUGGUGGUCUUUGCCCCGGUGGAUUAUCAAGGCCUUGGUGUUCCUCACCCCUUUGGCAAGCAAGUGUACAAACACUUGGAGAUGAUCCUGCGCCAUAUGUCGGGGGGUACAAAGACUGGAGCCUACAUGGACGCCAAUCUCCAGGCUCACCAACUGGAAACCGGUACUGUUGGAAUAUGA